AAAGUUAUAGGCGGGGUACUCUAGUGGCAGCCAAUCAGCUGUUUGCGUACCCUGCCGGUCAAAGGUCAGCAUCCAAAGGUAACGUUACCACUUCCGCACAGCAACAGCACCAGCAGUUUUGUGGACGAACUUUAUGCGGGAAACCUGACGUAAGGUCAGUGUAAAGAUCUACCAUGCCUGCGAUGUGCCAGAGCAAGGCCCGUCUUGACGGGAAGACAGUACUUAUAACUGGGGCCAACCAGGGCAUUGGCUUUGAGACGGCCAAGGACUUAGCAGGAAGAGGUGCAAAAAUCAUCCUGGCCUGUCGAGAUUUGACCAGAGCUCAGAAAGCUGCUGAUGACAUCAAGGAGGAAACCAAGAAUGAGAACAUCAUCGUGCACCAGCUGAACCUGGCUUCCCUGGCUUCUGUACGCAGCUUCGCUCAGAAAAUCAACGAGACAGAAGAGCAACUGAACAUUCUGAUCAACAAUGCAGGAGUGAUGGCACCUCCAAAGACACUGACAGAUGAUGGAUUUGAGCUGCAGUUCGGAGUGAACCACCUGGGCCACUUCCUCCUCACCAACCUCCUCCUGGACCUGCUGAAGAAGUCUGCUCCCAGCAGGGUCGUCAACGUCUCCUCUUACGCUCACAACGAAGGUAGACUGAACUUCGACGACCUACAGUGGGAGAAGAGACAGUAUGUUCCUUUCGAUGCCUAUGGGGACAGCAAGAUAGCAAAUAUCUUCUUCACCAGGGAAUUUGCAAGGAGGCUGGAAGGGACAGGUGUGACAGCUUACUCGCUGCACCCAGGGGUGAUCAAGACCGACUUGUACCAACACUUGGGAACCAGUAUGGGCUGGAAAAGUGGGAUCAUCAACAGGUUUGCCAAGUGGUUUGGCAAGACUAUAGUGCAGGGUGCCCAGACUACCAUCCACUGUGCUGUAACAGAAGGUCUGGAGGAUAAGACAGGACAAUACUUCAGUGACUGUGCACCAAAGCGCCCCAACUCCAGGGCCAUGGAUGACGGUGUGGCCAAGAGGUUAUGGGAGGUCAGCGAGAAGCUUGUGGGGCUCAGUCAGCAGGAGGCCUCAGAGGGGUCAUCAGAGGGGGCUGCCCAAGCUGAAGCUCCAGCUCCAAAACCAGUGAAAGGAUCCACCAUGCCAGGUAUCAUGUGCUGGAGUAAUGCCCGCCUUGACGGGAAGACGGUUUUGAUAACUGGGGCCAACAAGGGCAUGGGCUUUGAAACAGCCAAGGACUUAGCAAGACGAGGUGCAAAAAUCAUCCUGGCCUGUCGAGAUUUGACCAGAGCUCAGAAAGCUGCUGAUGACAUCAAGGAGGAAACCAAGAAUGAGAACAUCAUCGUGCACCAGCUGAACCUGGCUUCCCUGGCUUCUGUACGCAGCUUCGCUCAGAAAAUCAACGAGACAGAAGAGCAACUGAACAUUCUGAUUAACAAUGCAGGAGUGAUGAUGACUCCAAAGUCACAUACAGAGGAUGGGUUUGAGCUGCAGUUUGGAGUGAACUACCUGGGCCACUUCCUCCUCACCAACCUCCUCCUGGACCUGCUGAAGAAGUCUGCUCCUAGCAGGGUCGUCUCCGUGGCUGCUUAUGCCCACCAUGCAGGCAUGCUGGAAACAAUAAACGACUUACGGUGGGAGAAAAGGGAGUAUGAUCCAUUAGACGCCUUUGGGGACAGCAAGAUAGCACUUAUCUUCUUCACCAGGGAACUGGCAAGGAGGAUGCAGGGGACAGGUGUGACAGCAUACUCGGUGCACCCAGGAGUGACCUACACAGACCACUUCAGCAACCUGGAACCCAGUCUCGGCUCAUGGCGCAGUGCCUUUGUCACCACUGCUGUCAGGUGGUUGGGCAAGUCUGCACUGCAGGGUGCCCAGACUACCAUCCACUGUGCUGUCACAGAGGGACUGGAGGACAAGACAGGACAAUACUUCUGUGACUGUGCACCAAAACAGCCUAACAACAGGACCAGCGAUGCUGCAGCGGGCAGAGGGUUAUGGGAGGCCAGCGAGAAGAUUGUGGGGCUCAGUCAGCCAGGGUAUCAGGACAAUUCGGCCCUUCACCAACAUGGCCCAGUCAACCCGGCCCAACACCCUGGUCAACCCAGCUCAAAACCCUGGUCAACUCAGCCCAGCACCCUGGUCAACUCAGCCCAACACCCUGGUCAACUCAGCCCAACACCCUGGUCAACUUGGUUAGGGUUUGCAGUAGUGUUAGGGUUUGGAUUAGUGUUAGGGGUUUAA